AUGAGGUCGCUGGUGCAACUGACCAUCCUCUGUGCCCUCUUGGCCAGGUUCUAUGGCCCCGUCACCCAUUAUUUUACAGUGUUGGGGGCGUUCCGAGCACCCAAUCACGCAGUGAGACUGGCCACCACGCCGUCCUUUGUCAAGAUCGAGGACACAGUACAGUGUGAAGAUAUGCACUACUAUCCGCCUACCCGGAAGAUCUUCACGGCGUGUGAAGACUCCUUUGCCUCUCGUUUCCAGUGGUUCCCAGCAUUGGGUCACUUCGACGGGCCAGGCGAUUCAGUCGGGUCACUUCAUGUCAUUGACCCCCAGAAUUUUGAAGGUCCAUUUGUGACCCAUGGGAUCGAUGUCAUCGAGGAUCCCGACAGGUCUGGGGCCGUGUAUAUCUUCGCGGUGAAUCAUCUACGCAAUCCCGAGUACGACGAGACGGGCACCAAUGCCCAGGACGUGUUCAAGGCUCGCUCCCAGAUCGAACUCUUUCACCAUAUCUUGGGAACGAGCACCGCUACGCAUGUGCGCUCGGUUCGUCAUCCGUUGAUCACCACGCCGAAUGAUAUCUACGCCAAGAGCCCGUCCUCCUUCUACGCCACCAAUGAUCAUUUCUACCGCCAUGGGCUUAAGCGGCACAUCGAAGACGCUUACCCCUGGGCGAAAUGGACCAACGUGGUUCACGUUCGGUUGGACCAGCUGAAGUCUGCUGCCAGCCCGGAGGCGGGAAUCAAUGCCACUGUCGCACUGAGUGGGAUCAAAAACAGCAAUGGGAUUGGCCAUGGUCAAGACGGGGAAGAGAUACUUCUCUGUAAUGCUAUCGGGGGUAUCAUGUAUCGCGCCCGGGCAGACGGUGAGACCAGCAGUAUCUCCAUCCUGGAUGAGAUCCGCUUCGACAGCACGAUCGACAACCCCAGCUACUUCGCGGACCCUUAUCGUACCGUCUCUGACGAUGCCAGCGGUUAUGUCCAGGCGGGACUCCUAAAAGCCAUGAACCUCAGCCAGUCCCAUGGCGAUCCCAGCGCCAAGGACGGAGUCACAGUCUGGUAUACCCGACGGAAGGCCGCAGCUGACGGCGUUAUGUCUGCGGAAUGGGAAACGCGACAGAUCUUCGAAGACGAUGGAAGCAACAUUCAUACCGCCAGCUCGGCAUUGUUAGUGCCAGUUGAGUCACCGAAGAAGGCACGGCUGUUUGUGACGGGGUUUUCUUCGGAGAGUGUCGUUGCAGUCGAUGUGGACCUAUAG